AAAAUAAGGUGACAUUCAAAUAAGAAGUGAUAAAUGAGUGGCUCUGCCUUCCCACUUCGGCACUCUAUUCUAUAUAUAGCAAUGGCAUCCACCACACAUGCAUUCCAAACCCAACCGUAUCCUUCAUUCUUCUCCUAAAUCCUAAUCCUUCUUCACUUUCAGUUCUCAGCAUGGGAAGUUCUGGAACAACCGACUAUGGAGCAUACACAUACCAAAACCUUGAGAGGGAACCUUACUGGCCCUCUGAAAAGCUCAGAAUUUCCAUCACUGGGGCUGGUGGUUUCAUUGCCUCACACAUUGCUCGCCGCCUCAAGACCGAGGGACAUUACAUCAUUGCUUCUGAUUGGAAGAAGAAUGAGCACAUGACUGAGGACAUGUUCUGCCAUGAAUUCCAUCUUGUUGACCUUAGGGUCAUGGAUAACUGCUUGACAGUUACCAAGGGUGUGGACCAUGUUUUCAAUCUUGCUGCUGAUAUGGGUGGGAUGGGUUUUAUCCAGUCCAACCACUCAGUCAUUAUGUACAACAACACCAUGAUUAGCUUCAACAUGAUUGAGGCUGCCAGGAUCAAUGGUGUUAAGAGGUUUUUUUAUGCCUCUAGUGCUUGUAUCUAUCCUGAAUUCAAACAGUUGGAGACAAAUGUGAGUUUGAAGGAGUCUGAUGCCUGGCCUGCUGAGCCACAAGAUGCAUAUGGGCUGGAGAAGCUUGCAACAGAAGAGUUAUGCAAGCAUUAUAACAAGGAUUUUGGAAUUGAGUGCCGGAUUGGGAGAUUCCAUAACAUAUAUGGUCCUUAUGGGACAUGGAAGGGUGGAAGGGAGAAGGCUCCUGCUGCUUUUUGUCGCAAGACACUUACUUCCAAAGAUCGAUUUGAGAUGUGGGGAGAUGGAUUGCAAACAAGAUCCUUCACCUUCAUUGAUGAGUGUGUUGAAGGUGUACUGAGAUUGACUAAAUCAGACUUCCGGGAGCCAGUGAAUAUUGGAAGUGAUGAAAUGGUCAGUAUGAAUGAGAUGGCAGAGAUUGUUCUUAGCUUUGAGGAUAAGAAUAUACCAAUAUACCAUAUUCCUGGCCCAGAAGGUGUUCGGGGCCGUAAUUCAGACAAUACAUUAAUCAAAGAGAAACUUGGCUGGGCUCCAACUAUGAAGUUGAAGGAUGGGCUGAGAAUUACAUACUUUUGGAUCAAAGAGCAGCUUGAGAAAGAGAAGGCAGAAGGUGUUGAUUUAUCAGGCUAUGGAUCAUCCAAAGUGGUUCAGACUCAAGCCCCAGUUCAACUUGGCUCGCUACGUGCUGCAGAUGGCAAAGAAUAAAGCUGCUAGUGCAAGGGAUGUUCGGCAGUUGCAGCAGAUGGCAAAGAAUAAGAGUGAACAAUGCAUUUCCAAGUGAAGGGCAGGCUUUUAUGUUGCUAUUUUGUAGAGAUCUAUGGUUACAGAUUAGCUAUUGAAGUUAGUUUUGGAACUUGUUCAUGUAUUUGUAACGGAUGGUGUUAUGUUCUUGUUUUGUUUGAGGUAAUAAUAAUAACUGCUGCUUAAGGUGAUGUUA